CGCAGUGCCCUCCUCUCGCUGCAUCUUCGCCGCGCCUCCCUCUACACCUCCCCCCCGCCCGUCUCGCCCUGCGACACGGCACACGGCAGCGUUGCGAGUCGCCGUCCAAUCCCCAAUGCCCUGGGUCCGCGGCCACACUCGACGCUUGCACGCUUGACUGGCACGGCCAGCUUUUUUGGACCUCCCAUGCCCUAGCCCAAACAUACACACCCACUCCCUCCCUCUCUCUGCCUGCCCUCGCCGCCAUGGCGCCCAAACCCCCCGUCGACGCCUCGUCCGCCCCGCUCGCCGACUUCUUCUUCAUAUCCGGCAUCGAGUCGGCCCAGGUCUACGACGAGCGCACACAGCCCAACGGCGCCGUCUCGCCGCUCGCCUCGCCGCCCGUCGACGAGACCAUCGAGGAGGACUGCGCCCUCGAGACGGAUGCCAGCCGCCCCACGUCGCAGGACGGCCUGCCCGCGCCCGACAGCACCCGCCAGCGCUCGACGCGCCUGGACGACCACCGCCAGUCGAGCGGCACCAUCAUCGGGCCCGACUUCAAGCAGACGGCCAGCAACCGCAGCAGCACCCAGACCAUCAAGGGCCUGCCUGUCGCCGGCGCGGGCCUCAACGACGUCGACUUUGAGCAUGCCCUGCGCAAGUUUGCCAAUGAGCGCGAGUCGUUCCUCGAGGAGAUCCAGUUCACCACGGGCAUCGUCCAGCAGAACCGCCCCACGCCUGCCCGCCCGCGCCCGCGCCCGCCGCGCGUCCAGCCGACGACCUUCAACAACACCAAGGAGGGCCCCGGCAAUCUCAGCUCGGGCGUGGGCAGCAUCCGCCGGCGCUUGUCGACCAUGCAGAGCAGCCUGAAGAGGCAGUCGUCGACGGCGCGUCAGUCCUCCAUCCGAACAUCAAAGCGCAUGUCCGGCUACAACUCGGUCAUCCCCACGCCACAGCCCUUCAACCCGGAGCCAAACAUGCACCCGCUCCUGCGCCGCUACGAGCCCGUCCUACUGGAUCGGUACCCACCCAAGAACAUGGUCGAAGAACUCAAGCGUCGGAACCCCUUCCCGGACUACGUCCCCAUGUUUGCUUUCCCCAAUGACGUGAGCGUCGUGUCAUCUGACGAGCGCCCCAAGUCCCAGUGGCAUGGGUUCGCAAUGACCAAUGGGGAUGGUACCAAGCUGUACGGCAUCUGCCUGAUCGUCUGGCUGCCACUGAACGCCACGGCUGCCGAGGGCCUCGAGCACCAGUGCGCGGAAUGGCGGAGAGUGCACAUGAACCCCGAAGAGCGGGAGCUGGCGAGCAGUCUGGGAGAGCGUCUUGCGUUGGAAAGGGCGAAGCUGUCACGGCUCUUGACCCAGCUCUCCACGGUUGCCCCUGAAUCCGAGGAACGAGAGAAUCUGGAAGAUGAAAUCGGCGCAGUCGAGGAGAAGAUCCAGCUUAUGACUGACCUCCUCCGCCCAGUGAGGCACGGCGCAGCUUCCAAGAUUGAAGGUCUGACCGAUGGAGAGACGGGCCUUUGGAUUCCACGCGCCUACGGUGUCAUGGGGAGAGAUGUCACGCUGACGGGUUUCUGGAAAGAGUGGCUCAAGGCCGUCAUCGUUCCCAUGACAAAUGGCGCAGUUUUGCGAGUCCCUGCGAGCUCUCCGAGAGUGGGCAUGUGGCAGCCGCUCGAACGAUACGUCGUCAAUCUCUGCGCCGAAGCCCUGAGCCCGAUAACGUCCAUCACCCAGGUCGAGAUUGCAAUCCGCGACCUACGACUGUAUGCUCGGAAAGAGGCCGUCAACGAGUUUCCCGGCUCCCGUAACAUCGACAUCUAUGCCCUUUUCCGAUGUCUUUCGAUUCCCAACAUCGUCACCCUGUUCGAAUACGUACUCUCAGAGGCCAAGAUCAUCCUGCUGUCGUCUCAUACAGCUAUGUUACACCUCGCGAGCACGGCGAUAACAAACCUGUUGUACCCCUUCCAGUGGUGUGGCGUGUUCAUUCCCGUUCUUCCCGCUCGCCUUGUACAGACAAUCGAAGCGCCAUGUCCAUACAUUGUCGGGAUCGAGCGCAGAUAUGAGCCAGCAGAUUAUCCCGAAGACGACUAUGUGCUCAUUGACUUGGAUAACAACUCCAUCGUUUCCAACGGCCCUCCACCGCCGCCACUGCCUCGCCAGCAACGACGGAAACUAACAUCCCUACUACAGCUCUCCGCCUCACACCAUACACGCUAUGGUGUUCCCACAGGUCCUCCCGCAUAUGCCGUGGAGGCUUUCCCAUACGACACGUUUGCCUCGGAAAACCCUGGCGUUUUCUCACACCGAGCACAUCCUUCGAAUGUUCACACAUAUGUUGGGCUAAACUCGACAUCAUUUGGCACAGUUAUUGGACCACCUAGCUCAAGGCCCGUCAUCUACAACGCCUUCUUACAGUCGACAGCACAUAGUCGUGGGAACGACAGGCCAUCAACAUCAAGUACAGUAAGAACUUACUCGAACUCCCCACCAUCUCCAAAGGUAUCUCCAGUCUCCACAGUUUUCCCGCCCAUGCCUAGCACUCCCAUCUCCAGAAGCGACUCUGGAUACGCUCUCCAAGCCGGUCUUCGUGAAAAGCGGUCAAUGCACUUUGAAACUUCGUCCCGGCGUAGUUCUUCGUAUGGGUUCGAUCACGUACCGCCAAUGAGGCGACCCAGCCAGCCGCUCCUUGGCCAUGCUCCGAGCGCUUCGACUUCAUCGUUGAGUCAUGAGAUCCAUGCGACGGCGUCGUCAUAUGCACCGUCGGUGUAUGCGCAGUCCACACUCGCCGCCUCGACGAUCAUGCCUGGUAUGGCAGUGCAGCCUGUACGCAACACAUCAACAGUGCAGUGGCAAGAAGGUCAUUGCAUGCAUUGGAGGCCCAACGAAGACAAGGCUACGUGCUCAGUCUGCGACGAAAAGUCGGACGACGGACUUUAUCGUUGUACUGGUUGCAGCACAUACGCACAUGGUAGAUGCGUCGGUGCUAUUUGCAUCGUAUGCCCCACAGCCUUCCGACCCGACCAAGUCCGCGCGUCGUUCGUUCGGUGCUUCGCUAGCCUCCUGUAUACGUAUCGCCGGUACAUGGUCCCUGCGACUGGUGAUCGGAAGAAGGCUGGUAUGAUCUACCAGUUCAAGAUGGAUGAGUUUAUGAAGAGUUUGCCUGGUGAGAACGUGCAGUACUUGACGACGUUACAGCAGACGCAAGCUUUCAACGAGUUUCUUCACGAACGCGAGAGCAAGCGUCCUGACGAUCCGACUAUCAAGCUCUUCGACGAAGUCAUUCUUGCAAAACGCAACCGUGGCAAGAGCUCUUUCUUCUACAAGAGCAGAGUAGACUUCCUAUCCGACACAACAGAUCACCUAUGGCGCACUGCGAGUGCCACGCCGCCCAACUCGAGGUUUCCAGGGGAGUACACUGCUGUCAUCAGUAGAAUCCCCGCCAAGCUCGACCCCACGCUCAUGAAAGAACCCCGCGUCAUCCAAGGCGUGCCUCGUCUCCCCAUGGCAAAAGCACGCCGGAAGCCGUGUCCCAGCAUGCUAGGCCCGAAUGGUCUGGCUCUCCCUGCGUCAUGAACGCUAAAACACACACGCUUUGUUCCAACAACGCCGACUUCACGACCCUCCGACGCCCACAUACCCAUGUCCCCCGCUUUUUUCUCCUUUUCCCUUUUUGUGUCUGCAGCGCCAUGUAUAAUAUCCAGCGAUGGCGUUCCUCGGCGUUUCUUUUC